AAAAAACUUGUAAUAUUUUAAAAAAUAAUUUUAGAAAAUCUAUUUUCAAAGGUACAAAGUAAAAAUUCAUUUUUUUAAAGUUGAAACAAACAAAUCCAUAAAUAUUUUUAUUAAAAAUUUAAUUAUAUUAAAUGGAUGGUGACCUAGAUAUCCGAACCUAAUCCAAAUAUGUUUGAAACAGAUUUGAAUUUUAAUUAUCCAUUUCUGUUUAAAUUUGGGGCGGAAAAUAAAAAUUUGGAUUUAAAUUUGAAGAGAUAAAGACCAUCUCCGCCUGCCCCUUUACCAUGCAUGCUCGAAUAAAUAAAUAAAUAAAAUAUAAUAUAAUAAAAUCCAUCUCAUUAUGAUUAUUUUAGCUUUUUUUUUUCUUUAAUUUUUUUUGAAUUUUCUAUCUUCAAAAAAUCACAUUAAAAUAGACAUUUGAAUUUAAAAAUUAUGGUAAAAAUAUGCAUCCAAACAUGUACUUAUUUAUUAUUUUAGUAAUUAUUUACCGUUAGUUAUUUUAGUAUUAAUAGACGCUAUAUUUAAUAAGAAAGACCACCAAACGAUAAUCAUUCGAUGGUAGAACUUAUUUUUCAUUCUUUCUUCCAUAUUUUCAUUUAAGCGCCAUAUAUAUGAGCAAAAAAUUUCUCAACAAUCUUAAUUUAAGAAAUAAAGAUCUCCAUCUAGGUUUUCUUUGUUAAUUUAAUUAUUAUUUUUUCACACUUUUUUACUUUAUUUAAAUUAAAUAGUCUUACUUUAAUUUUAAUAAAAUAUUAUUCACAAUUAUGAUCGUUUAUGUUGUUUGAAAGCCUACAGUACUGGGCCCAAUUCUUCUUAAUUGGUUUAACCUAGCAAAUUGGAACACGCCGCUCCCUCUUCUUUCUACUGUGAAUUCUCAGUCCAGGUUUCUCUUCUUCAACCGAAUUCUCAGGUUUCUCAGUACAGAUUGUUUAUUUCUCAAAUCGGGCGCGAAACUUGUAACGUCAGCUACUUGCGUCGUAUUGUUCUUCAGAAAUGCAUCUGAGGCACCAGCGACAAUGAUGCGCCAGCGAACGCUCCCAACACACCACCGCAAUAACACCGCAGUCUGAAAAGAGAAUAUAUUAUGUUUUUACAGUAUUUUGGUAGACGAGUGUAUCUGUGGGAAAUAACUGCCGCAAUCCUUCUCGGUUUGUAAUGGUGGUGCUCGGAAAACUGCCCAUAGUGGUCGGAACUGGCCAAGAUCAAACAAAAUCAAUAGUUUUACAAUUUUUUAUUUUUACAACUAGCUACAACACGGGAUUCUACUUAAGAUCUGGAUCUUUGAAGAUGAGCGAGAUCUCAAAAUCUUAGGAUUUUAAGAUAUAAAUUGAGAUUUUGACAAUCUUGGACAGUGAUUCUACUUAUUGUUAAGGUUUAUCUGAGACCCUACAGGUUUCUUUACCCAACACCCCAACACUUCAAUGCAGAAAAGUGUAGCAGGUAUUGCACGCCACCUGCUUGGAGGUUUAUGCUAUUAUCUAAGAAGAUGCAUUUUUUCCGUUUUAUCGGUUGGUCCUGUGCCGAGUCAUAUUUCUUUCAUAAUGGAUGGGAAUCGAAGGUAUGCAAAGAGGAGAAACUUGGUAGAAGGUGAUGGACAUAAGGCUGGAUUUUCAGCUCUCUUGUCCAUCCUUAGAUACUGUUAUGAAUUAGGUAUUAAGUAUGUAAGUGUCUAUGCAUUCAGCAUUGAUAAUUUUAAAAGGAAGCCUGAAGAGGUUCAAACAUUCAUGGAAUUGAUGCGAGAAAAGAUCGAGGAGUUGCUUCAACAGGAAAGCAUUAUUAACGAAUACGGUGUUAGAUUACAUUUCAUUGGAAACAUGCAGCUAUUAUCGGAACCUGUCAGGGUUGCUGCAGAAAAGGCAAUGAGAGUUACCGCCCACAACCAAGAGAGAGUUCUUUUAAUUUGUGUUGCCUAUACAUCACGGGACGAGAUCGUGCAUGCUGUUCAAGAAUCCUGCAAGGAUAAAUGGAACGAAAUUCAAGCAUCUAAGGAAGAUAAAGUUUCCAACGGUGGGUUUCCAAGAAUUAAUCAGGGCCCAAAAAGUAACGGUAUUGAUUUGCAUUUUCGUGAUUCAUGUAAAGAAAAUGAAACAAAAGCCUUUAGAAGUCUACUCGAAGAAGUGGAAGGUGCGGAAGAGAAAGAUUACUCAUUCGAGCAAAAUUUAGAAAAACAUAGUGAUAAUUACAGUGAAGAUGAAAUCACAUCUUGCAGUGGGAUGGAUGAAAUAACUGAAGAGAGAAAGUACAAGCAAGGUGAGUUUGCUUCUAUAAAACUUGUUGAUAUUGAGAAGCACAUGUACAUGUCAGUGGCACCUGACCCAGAUAUCUUGAUUCGAACUUCUGGAGAGGCGCGUCUCAGUAAUUUUCUUCUUUGGCAGACUAGUGCGUGCCCUUUGUAUGCCCCAAAAGUCCUAUGGCCUGAAAUCGGUCUGAGACACUUGGUAUGGGCAGUAUUAAACUUUCAGAGACACCAUUUUUACUUGGAAAAGAAAAAGAAACAGUUUUGAUUGUAACCUUACUUGGCCAUAAUACAGAGUAUAAUUUAUGUGAUUAUAGAGUGCUUUUCUAUCUUAGGCUAUAUGAUGUUUUAUUUUACUUUCAUAAGAAUUGUUGAAAUUAUAGGAGUUAAAGUGAAUUAGAAGGUGAAAGAAAUCCAAAGAUUUUGAUAGGAUUGGGACAGUCCCAAACUAUACUUUUGAAUUGCAGAUUUGGUUAGGCCAACCACCAACCUAUGAGGGGCAGUUGGUCUCAAUUCGCAUACUUUUUUGUUGUUGAAAAUAUUGGCUCUGGUGGAGAGAAUAUUUUUCACCCAAGUUCUCCACCAGAUUAAUUUGUUUGACGGCCCUGAUUGAUACUGCCAGUUACAGCAAAACCCCUGAUAUUUAAGAUAACAUCAAACAGUUACAGCAAAAUACAUCACUUCCAACUCUAUUUCGGACAUAUGAUAUUCGGACAUGUGAUACGUACAAUCUCUUCCUGCAGCUCCUACAUGCGAUCCAUAGCUACAGAAUUUCGGUAUGACUUUACCACAUAAGUAAGUCGUUAUACACUUGACCACCAUGUAUCAAUCCCUUGAAUUAUGAUAAUGAUCUCUCUCUUUUUGUAUUGAAGCCUCAAUCACUUCAAUCAAAUACACAAAU